AGAACGCGAUGAGACUACGACGCAUCUUGGCCUUCCUUUUGUUGGUAAUGUUGGUGGCCGCAACAGUUGAGGGGAAAAAGAAGCCAAACAGGAUAAAAGGUUGUCAGCUCAACAGCAAAGUCUACAAGCCAGGGAAAACUGUGUACAAGGACAAAGCUCACUGCCUGAAGUUAAAAUGCGUCAGGGAGAAGGCCCGGGGGAAGAAGGCCAAGUACACGCUGAAGGCGAAGAAGUACCGCGGGUGUGAGUGCUUCCCACUAUUAUGCCGAGGUCCACGCUGCACUCCACCUGAUGUCUGUCCCGUUUGCACGGAAAUCUGGGAGCCCGUCUGUGGCAGCAACAAUGUGACUUACCGCAACGAGUGCAGAUUUUUCGGGAGCAUACCCCCUUGCGGCUCCGAUAAUGCAUCGAUUCUCUAUUACGGCGAGUGUGGUCAGUGUCCUGCGGGAUGUCCGAAAAAGAUUGACCCCGUAUGUGGUUCGGACGGGAAAACAUAUAACAACGAGUGUCUAAUGAUUACCGAAGCUUGUGAAACUAAUACGACCAUUUCCAAAGCAUCCGACGGCCCAUGUACAGUGAUCAAGCAAAGUUCAGGAGUCGGUGGGGAGUGUGGUAAUUGCCCCAAGAUAAAGAAACCAGUAUGUGGAUCUAACGGAGUCACUUACUCAAACCAGUGUAUUUUAGAAUUUGCUGCUUGUAAGGGGGAAAAUGUCACUUUGGCGCACACUGGAGAAUGUGAAGGUGAUGCCAGCGUGAUAGUCCAGUCCCAAAGAAAAAAGUGUAAGUACAACGGUAAGAAAUACAAAGCCGGGGACAUCAUAGAAGACAUGAUCGAGUUCUGCCUGACGGCCAUCUGCCAACCCUCCAGGAAGGCUGGACAGUCGAAGGUCGAGUUCGUGGAAUUCCAGGGAGCAAUGGCAUGUGAAUGUACAAGUGAUCGCCUCCGAAGACACAUACUCAGGAUAUCUGGAAAUGAAGUUAUUGCAGGGAGAUUGUCUCUGCUGCCGUCUAACGGUUCUGCUUAAGAUAAAUUCUUAUUCUAGU